AAGGGAUUUGAUAUCUUCCUCAUUUCAAGAACCAAAUUCUACCUACAAACAACCAUUUUCCUUUUCCCUUUCUUUUCCACUGCUAACAGUUUGGUUCUUUAUUUACAGAUAACAGAGGAUGUCAUCUACUAGGGAAACCAUGUUGGACCCUUUUAAAACGUGGAAAUUCCUUGUUUCAACGAUUACCAUAAAACCAAUUGAUGUUUUAGUUUUCUUAUUGAAAACAACCCUAGCUAUUUUCAUAGUUGCUUCAAUCUCUCUGUUUUUUUACUUUGCUUUCUCUGUUCAGCCCCGUUGGCUCUCUUCUCCAAUCUGCAAUAAUAGCCAACAAAAGUUCAUUGCCAAAAAUAGUUCUUCCAGUCAGGCUUAUGGACGGACGAAUUUGUCCCAUAUCCAGUUUGGCAUCGGCGGCUCAGCCAAGACCUGGAACCAGCGCCGCCGUUUCUGUGAGCUAUGGUGGAGACCUAACGUUUGCCGUGGGUUCGUUUGGCUGGAUGAGAAGCCUCCCAAUGGUGAAAACUUGCCACCUACAUCUCCUCCCUACAAAAUCUCCGAGGACACUUCCAGGUUCAAGUACACAAGUUGGUACGGAUCACGUUCUGCUGUUCGUAUGGCACGUAUAGUGAAGGAAAGCUUCGAGCUUGGAUUGGACAACGUGAGGUGGUUCGUAAUGGGGGACGACGACACACUGUUUUUCCUCGAGAAUUUGUUGACUGUUUUAAACAAAUACGACCACAAUCAAAUGUAUUACAUUGGUGGGAACUCUGAGAGCGUGGAGCAAGAUGUGAUACACUCUUAUAACAUGGCUUAUGGUGGCGGUGGAUUCGCCAUAAGCUACCCUUUAGCAGCUGAGCUCGUUAAGGUCUUAGAUGGCUGCAUUGAUCGAUACGCAUCAUUUUAUGGGUCAGACCAGAAGGUUCAGGGUUGCAUGAGCGAGAUUGGUGUCCCAGCCACUAAAGAGCUUGGUUUCCAUCAGUUAGAUAUUCGAGGGGACCCUUAUGGUUUACUGUCAGCGCAUCCUUUGGCGCCAUUGGUGUCACUUCACCACCUCGAUUAUGUUCAACCCGUUUUUCCGGGUAUGACACGGAUUGGUUCACUCAAGAAGCUAAUUACUGCUUAUGAAAAGGAUCCAAGUCGGGCCCUACAGCAUAGUUUCUGUUACGAUUUCAAGCGUAACUGGUCUAUUUCAGUGUCGUGGGGCUACAAUGUGCAGUUGUAUCCGUCUCUGGUUACGGCCAAGAAGCUUGAAACGGCUUUUUCCACGUUUCAAUCUUGGAGGACUUGGAGCAGUGGGCCUUUCACGUUUAAUACCCGACCCGUUGAAAAAGACCCGUGUGAGAGACCCGUUAUGUAUUUCUUGGGUUCUGCUGAGAGGGUUAAUGGGGAUACAACCCUGACUACUUAUGUGAGGAAUGUCGAAGAGUCAGCCAAAGAAUGUGAUAAGCCGGACUAUAGCCGGGCUGUGGCUGUUCAAUUCUUCAAUGUCUCGAGUGCAAGGUUGAACCCUGCCAUUUGGAGGAUGGCGCCACGUAGACAAUGCUGUGAGGUUAUCAACAGUGGAGAAGGAGUGGACAGCCUGAGGGUCGAAGUCAAGAUUAGAGCAUGCCAUCGGUUUGAGAGUGUCACUCCUCCAUAGAAUGUGCCAAACAUUGACAAUUCCCAUGUAAAUAACAAGAUAUUUGUACACUUGAUUACAUUAUCCCUGCAUAGUGCAUACCUCCCACCCGGCCAGCCAUUUUUGGCGAAUUUGCUUUUAGCUAUCUUAAUCUUGUAAUUUUACAAACAUGACGAUUGUAACAAGGAGAACUUCAUUUCUUUCAAGGAAAA